AUGUAUCGUCCCAGGUUAAUGCUUUGUCCCAGGUUAAUAGAUCCUCCGGGGCAGACGUUGUUUUCUGUGCAGGUCCAGAACUUAGAGGAUCUCGUCGAGACACUAUGCCUGGAGUGCGCUCAUCCAGAUAAAAGCAAUCGACUAGAACGCUUGCGGUACUUUCAAGCGGAUCUACGGGCCUUGAUGGGGGAACUUCCUUGGCUGGCUGACCAUGAGGUGGCGCGCUACUUUCAUAGAGGCAGGAUCUACAAAGAGCCCCUUGGGCGUUACCACGAAACGUGUGAGUACCUGAAGGUCGUAAGGCAGUGUUUGGUUCGGGAGCUUACUGACUCGGUCUGGAACAGGCUUUACGCCAAUUUUGAUCGUUUCCGGGACCUUUUACGCUACUUUGACCACCCCCCGGCCCAAAACAAGAUUCUGGAGGAAAGAGUUGCCCAGUCAUUCCAGAGGGCCGCCAAAAUGGUCGGUCUCCCGAAAAACAACGACGUCCAGCUCACGUGGUUCCUUCACGCAGCCUGUGAGGCACGAUACCCACGGGCCGACCCCAGGCUCCUGGUGCAGCUCAGCAACCUCAUUCGGGCGCGUCGCAGAGUCAUUACGCGUCAAUCAAGCCAUCUUCCGCCCGCGACGGUCGACUUCACUCGCACCAUUGAGCUUCCUCCGAUCCCCGGGAUACUACCUGGUAAGCAUUUCAUUCGGUGUCCCUACUGUGAGCACCGAUUUCUAUCCCAGAAUCUUAGUCAAUCGAAGUGGAGACGCCACCUGAUGGACGACCUGCGGCCGUAUCUCUGCAUGUGGGCGCUGUGUCCACACACGUUCGGCUCCAUUGACGCUUGGCUCAACCAUCUCAAAGACGCCGAUGCCCACCCUGCGAAGCUUCUGCCUUCAUUCUUAAACGAAUGCCCCUUCUGUGGGAUUCCUUGUGCCGAUUGCCAGUGGUCCUCGGUGGAGAAGCUGCUGAGACAUAUUGCAGAACGUCAUCUGGAGGAACUUUUUCUGUUGGCACUUCCGGGGGGCCCGACGGAUCUGUUCUCUAAUGUCUUUCUGAGAGAAGAGAAGAUUAGCCUAGAGCCUUACGAGGCUCCCGAGGUUCCUGAGGCUCAUGAGGCUUAUUAUAGGCCUUUCGGGAGCCCAGAGGAUGAUGAAGUCGAAGAGAGUGUUGAUACAGAGGUAGACGACGGCCUGACCUCUGAGGGAGUCCGCUCGCCUCGAUCCUUAAUUUAG